AUGUCCGGGGAAAACAAAUCGAUCCUGAUCUUCGGCGCCUCAAGUCCCACCGGCCAACUCACAGUCCAGGAAGCGCUGCGCAAUAACUGGACCGUCAAGGUCUACGGCCGGCGCACGCUGCCACAGCACGUCGAGGACCCUUCUAUCACAACAGUAGAAGGCCCCCUCGACGACACGGAAAAGCUCCGGCAGGUUAUCAAGGGCACAGACGUGAUCAUCUCCUUCCUCGGCCCGUCGGGCACAAGAAUCGCCAACACGCCGUUCCCCGCGUUCUACGCGCGUCUCUUCGGCCUCAUGCGUGAGGAGAACGUAAGCCGGAUCAUUGCGCUGAGUACAUUCAGCGUUGCGCAUCCGAGGGACAGAUUCAGCCUGCUCUGUCGAUUAUUGGUAAGCAUGCUCUGGGUGUUUGGGAACAGCGCGUGGAGGAAUCUGGUUGAGGUUGGGAGGACGUUUGAUGAGCAGGCCACUGGGCUGGAGUGGACGUUGUUCCGGGUGGGGUUUCUGAAGGAUCGUGAUGAUGGGCCGGGGAGGAUUGUGCAGGGGUAUGUUGGGGAUGGGAGGCUUGGGAUGGGGGUGAACCGGGUGGAUGUGGCGCGGUGGGUGGUUGGGCAGGCGGGCAAAGAGAGGGCGGAGAAUGUGGGUGAUAAGCCGGGGCUUUCGUCGGCUUAG